AUUAAUGGCAAAAACGGUUCCAACUUUACGUGCAUACAUGGAUAACAACGAAAAAUUGCGGAGAAAAAAAUCAGAUAAAAUUUCGAGACCUUAUAUAAAUUUACUGUCAUAUGGCCACGUGAAAAAAAUAACUGAAAUUAUUAAGAUAAAAAUAACAAAAAGCAUUAUUCAAACAAUUAAAGAGAAUCGUGCCUAUAGCAUCAUAUUAGAUGGAACAUAUGAUGUGUCUAAAAAAGAAUGCAUAGCUUUGCUUGUACGGUAUAUAGAAGAUGAUCUGCAUCCACAUCCUGUAGAAAGGAUCAUACAUGUUUUUACAACAUCAGAAACCACUGGGGAAAAUAUAAAGAAACAUGUUUUUUCUAAGUUUAAUGAUCUUGGUCUUCCUCUUGAUUAUUUGGUUGGACAAAGAUGGAUGGUGCAGGGAAUAUGAGAGGAGUAUACAAAGGAAUGCAGGCUUUAAUAUUGAAAGAGGCUCCAAAAGCCAUCUAUAUUUGGUGCCAUGCACAUCGGCUAAAUUUAGUAGUUGCUCAUGUUUGUGGAUGCAAAAUUGAAAUGAAAAAGGCAAUGGGAAUAUUAGAUGAGUUAUAUAAUUUUAUGAAUGGAGUUAGACGUCAAGGUGUGUUUGUUAAAUAUCAAAUGAGAAAGUCCAAGAAAUCUCUUAAAAGAAUUAAAAACACAACAAGAAAUUGGUCAUCAUCCUACAAAUCUGUAGAAAUCUUUUUAGAUGUUUAUGAACAUAUUUUAGCAUCAUUAGUUGAAUUAAAAGAUUCUAAUGACCCAAGCACCUCUUCCAUUGCCGAUGGGUUAUUAUCAAGAAUUAAAGAUGAAAAUUUUAUAUUAAGUCUUUUUAUUUUGAAAGAAAUAUUGAAAUGUACACAUGAGGCUUGUAUUGAAAUGCAGGCAGUUGGUAAUGAUUUGGCUUUGGUAACCAAAUUAAUACAACAUACAAAAAAUAAAUUACAAAAACUAAAAGCUAAUGGAGACAAUAUAUUUUUAAAAUUACAUUCCUUAUCUAAUAGUUUUUUGAAAAAGAAUAAUGUAAUAACUGAUUUGUAUAAUAUGAAAUCAAUAUUCAAAUUGGAUCAAACAGAAUUCAAUAAUUAUGUUGAACAAAAAAAAAACAAAUAUCCAUUUUUACUCCCGCUGGAAUUAUGGAUAAUGAAAAAAUAGAAGGAUGGCAAAUAUCCGAAAUUUGUAAUACUUAUCAAUUGGAUGUCCAAAACAUUGUUGAUGAAUAUAAUGAUUUUCGCUCUUUAUAUUUGGAGUCUCAAUCAAUCAUUUUUUGCGAAGAUCUUUUAAAAGUUAAAAAGAAUGACGCGUUAUAUAUUGAUGAAAGUAAUUUAUUGAUAUUUUAUUUGUAAUUGUAUAUAAUUAAAGGUAUUGCAAACGAUCAAAUUACCAAAGAAAAUAUCAACAGCGAAAUCAUGACCAAAAUAAAAAAAUGGAUAAAAUUUUCUUUUAUAUUACCAUACCGACUUUUAAAUCAAUUAAAUUCUUAUUCAAAUUUAAAUUUAUUAUAUAAAUAUUUAUUAACCCUUCCUACAACUUCCUGUUCAGCCGAAGGAGCCAUGAGUAAAGUAAAAAUUAACAAAACUCGAAUGCGGAAUAAAAUUUCGGACCCAUUUUUAGAAAAUUUACUGUUAAUAUCCAGCGAAAUUGAUGUUUUUGAAAAAUUUACAAUUGAUGAUAUUAUAACACAAUUUGCUUUAACAUCAAUAAGGUUAUCCAAAUUAUUAAUAAAAUAAUUAAUGUAUCUUUUUCACAGCGAAUAUAUAGGCUUUUAAAUAAUGUAUAUUUAAUUUAACAUUUUAUAAUUUCAAUGCAAAAUAUACUAUAAUUCAUUUUAUUCUAAUAUUUUAUAUAAUAGCUCUAUUUACAAUACAUGUUUUUAAUUAUGUGGAA